GCAUUGCUGGUGGCCUCACCAACCUUUCCAAGAUGCCAGCUUGCAACAUCAUGCUCCUGGGAGCCCACAGAAAAACUCUCUUGGGCUUUUCCAGCACUUCUGUAUUGCCACACACUGGUUACAUCUACCAUAGUGACAUUGUACAAUCAUUGCCUCCGGAUCUGCGGAGGAAAGCUGCACGUUUGGUGUCAGCAAAAUGUACCCUAGCAGCUCGAGUAGACAGCUUCCAUGAGAGUCCUGAAGGGAAGGUUGGAUAUGACCUGAAGGAAGAGCUUGAGAGGAAGUUUGAUAAGUGGCAGGAGCCACCUCCAGUGAAGCAAGUGAAGCCACUGCCAGCCCCUCUGGAUGGACAGAGGAAGAAACGGGGAGGCCGCAGGUAUCGUAAGAUGAAAGAACGCCUCGGCUUAACAGAAAUCCGGAAGCAAGCAAACCGGAUGAGCUUUGGAGAGAUUGAAGAAGAUGCUUACCAAGAAGACCUUGGGUUCAGUCUUGGCCAUUUAGGCAAAUCAGGCAGUGGCCGUGUCCGGCAGAUCCAAGUCAACGAGGCCACAAAGGCCCGCAUCUCAAAAACACUGCAGCGCACACUCCAGAAGCAAAGCAUGGUGUAUGGGGGAAAGUCAACCAUCCGGGACCGUUCCUCUGGGACAGCUUCCAAUGUGGCAUUCACUCCACUGCAGGGUCUGGAGAUUGUGAAUCCACAGGCAGCUGAGAAGAAGGUCACUGAAGCCAAUCAGAAGUACUUCUCCAGCAUGGCAGAAUUCUUAAAAGUAAAGAGUGAGAAGAGUGGCAUCAUGUCCACCUCAUAG